CAUUGGGUUAGGAGGAUUUAGAUAAAAAACCGGUUCACAAUCCUCUGUCAAUGGGGGUGUUUCGUUCGAAACAAUUCAAUCCCCGUUAUUAAUCUCCGGUUUUUAUUUUUGAUUUGCAUUCUGGGUUUUCUUUUUCAGGAUCAAUGGAGGCUGACAGAAAGCACAUUACCGCCGACGAGCUGAAACAACACAAGAAGCCAGGAGAUUUGUGGAUCUCAAUCCAGGGUAAAGUUUAUAAUGUCUCGGAUUGGGCAAAAGAGCAUCCUGGCGGUGAAACGGCGCUUCUGAAUCUGGCUGGCCAGGAUGUUACUGAUGCGUUCAUAGCUUAUCACCCCGGAACCGCUUGGCAAUAUCUCGAUAAGUUCUUCACUGGGUAUUAUCUCGAAGACUUCAAGGUCUCGGAGGUGUCCAAGGAUUACAGAAGGCUCGUCUCCGAGUUUUCCAAAGCGGGUAUGUUCGGAAAGAAAGGCCAUGUGGCGUUUUGUUCAUUAGCAUCCGUAGCUAUCAUGUUUGUCGUUGUUCUUUACGGCGUUUUGAUAUGCGAAAGCGUGUGGGCUCAUCUGGGUUCGGCUAUGGUUUUGGGUAUGCUGUGGAUGCAAAGCACGUACGUCGGUCAUGAUUCCGGUCAUUAUCAAGUAAUGGCUAGCCGUGGUUACAACAGGCUCGCUCAGAUAAUCACCGGGAAUUGUUUGACCGGAAUCAGCAUUGCCUGGUGGAAAUGGACUCACAAUGCUCACCACAUUGCCUGCAACAGCCUCGAUUACGACCCCGACCUCCAACAUAUCCCUGUUUUCGCGGUAUCUUCGACGUUUUUCGAUUCCUUAUGGUCUUGCUUUUACGGCAGGAAGUUGAAUUUCGAUCCGCUGGCAAGGUUUCUCAUCAGUUACCAGCAUUGGACGUUUUACCCUGUUACGUGUGUGGCCAGGGUGAACUUGUAUUUGCAAACAUUACUGCUAUUGUUUUCACCGAGCCGGAAAGUCCCGGAUAGAGCUUUAAACAUAAUGGGGAUCCUUGUGUUUUGGACUUGGUUCCCUCUCUUGGUUUCUUAUCUACCCAAUUGGCCUGAACGAUUCAUGUUCGUCCUCGCGAGCUUCGCCGUUACAUCGAUUCAACAUAUCCAAUUCUGUUUGAAUCAUUUCUCUGCAAAUGUAUAUGUUGGACCUCCGAGUGGCAAUGACUGGUUCGAGAAGCAAACGAGUGGGACAUUGGAUAUUGAUUGCUCUUCCUGGAUGGAUUGGUUCUUUGGUGGUUUGCAAUUCCAGUUGGAGCAUCAUUUGUUCCCCAGGUUGCCUCGAUGCCAAUUGAGGAAGGUUUCUCCAGUGGUGAAGGAACUCUGCAAGAAGCAUAAUUUGCCUUACCGGAGCUUGUCGUUUUGGGAUGCGAAUGUCUCGACAAUAAGGACUUUGAGAACUGCGGCACUGCAGGCGAGGGACCUAAGCAACCCGGCUCCGGAAAAUUUAUUGUGGGAAGCUGUGAACACUCAUGGUUGAGGGCUUGAGGUGGUUUAGUUUCUUGCUGAGGGUCUAUUUUUCUCGGGCUGAAACUCAUUUUCUAUUUGUUUGCGGUUUCUAGGAUGAAAAAUCCUUGGUUCUUACACAAACAUCCUGGUUUGAUUUGUUCUCUGCUUUUAUUUUAUAAAAUAAAUAUCAAUCCUGAUUUUCUACCUUGAUUUUCUGCUUCUUUCAAUCUACACCAGAUAACACUAGUAUACAAUUUGAGACGGUAUGAACAUACAAUGACCAGAAGGAUGCUGUUAGCUUACAUACAAAUU